AUGGGUCACAAUUUCCUUGUUGUUAAAAAAGGUUUUCAAAUUCUUUUGCUUUAUAUUUUCAUUGCCAACCUUCUUGAUCUUGAUCUUGCUUAUGCUGAUCCUCCUUACAAACUUUGCUCGAACAAAUCUAACUAUGCAGAUAAUAGUCCAUUUCAAAACAAGCUCGAGAUCCUCAUGGCUUCUCUUUCUUCAAAUGCUUCAGUUUCAAAAAUUUUCAAUACCUCCACGGGAAUUGAUCCAGACAGAGUGUAUGCUCAAUAUAUGUGCCUCAACUAUGUAACAAAUGAAAGCUGCCAUACCUGCGUAGCUGCAGCAUCUCAAGAUAUCAGGCAGCUUUGUCCAGGAGAUAAGGAAGCAGUUGUAUGGGGAGAGCUAUGUCAAUUGCGCUAUUCGAAUCAAAGAUUCUUAAGCCACUUGGAUGUUUCAGGAAACAAUCCCCAACAAAAUCCAAAGAACAUUUCAAAUCCAGAACUUCUUAGUUUAGUAGUCAAUAAAACCUUGAGUAGUCUUAUCAAGAAGGCAGCUUUUGGUCCUUCAGCGAAUAUGUAUGCUACUAGAGACGAACCUUUCACUAAUAGUGACAACUUUUUCUCUCUAGUACAAUGCUCUACAGACUUGUCUCCAAAUGAUUGUUACACAUGCCUUGAGGUUGCCAUAAAAAAUGUUACGACUUGUUGCCAUUUUUCUCGUGGAGCAAGGGUUUUGAGCCGCAGUUGCUAUUUAAGGUAUGAGUUAUAUGCUUUCUAUGACGGCGCAACUGAAUCUUCUCAAAGUCCGGCGACCGGAAAAGGCAACGAAAGCGAAAAAUGGAUAAUUACAAUAAGUACUGUGGCAUCCACACUUUUGGUGGUAGCAAUUUUAGGCUCCUUCUUCUGCCAUCUUGCGAUGAAAUUCAGAAUGCGAAAAUAUAAGAAAGAAAAUACUAGCCAAGAUGAUAAAUUCCGUGGGUUUGAUCACCCAAACCGCAAUGAUUUCCAGCAUCAAGAUUUUCAGAGAGAUGGCCUUAAUGAUCGGGAAUCCGCAAUUAUGGAUUUGGCAUCCAUAAAUGCAGCUACUGAUAACUUCUCUGAAACAAACUUUCUAGGGCAGGGUGGUUUUGGCCCGGUUUACAAGGGUAUACUGAGUGAUGGAAAAGAAUUAGCAGUAAAGAGACUUUCAGCUUCGUCCGAGCAAGGCAAAAACGAGUUUACAAAUGAAGUUCUGCUAAUCAUGAAACUUCAGCACAAAAAUCUUGUUAAGCUUCUCGGUUUUUGUGUUGAUGGAGAGGAAAAGCUUCUGGUCUAUGAAUUCAUGCCUAAUAACAGCCUAGACAUGGUCCUCUUUGAGCGGAAGAAACGUGCUCAACUUAGUUGGAGAAGUCGUAUUCAUAUUAUAAAUGGGAUUGCAAAGGGAACUCUUUAUCUCCAUGAGGAUUCUAGACUUAGAAUCAUCCAUCGGGACCUGAAAGCUAGCAAUAUCUUGUUGGACAAUAACAUGAAUCCGAAGAUUUCUGACUUCGGAAUGGCAAGGAUCAUGGAAGCUAAUGAAGGCGAAGGCAAUACUGUUAGGAUAGCGGGAACAUAUGGAUACAUGGCACCAGAGUAUGCAAUGGAGGGACUUUACUCCACCAAAUCUGAUGUUUUUAGUUUUGGAGUUAUUCUGUUGGAGAUCAUAACCGGAAGAAAGAAUUCUGGAUUCCACAAAUCGAAACGUGCUCCUAGCCUCCUAGCUUAUGCAUGGGAAUUAUGUAACAAUGGAAAGGAACUCGAGAUGAUAGAUCCAGUGUUGGCUGAUUCAUGCUGCUCUGAUGAAUUUUCCCGAUGCGUGCAUAUCGGUUUAUUAUGCGUCCAAGAAGAUGCUAGUGAAAGGCCAGCCAUGUCGUCCGUUGUUUUAAUGCUGAAAAGUGACAACUCAAUUGAUCUUCCCCAUCCUCAACGGCCGGCCAUUUUUGCUGGGAGAUUUACAGACCACCACGAGGCAAAAGCUAAUGAUUGUUCUGUCAGUGGCUUAACAGUUUCUGAUACUUUACCUCGUUGAUGAAGCUGGCGAAUGAAUGAAGUGUGUGACCGCGAAGCCCUCUUAGGCAUGUCCGCGGCUAUAUAGGAUAUAAAGGGCAAAAUACGUUCAUUGUUUCUCAGUUACAAAAAUUGGUAUGAAAGAGUAAUAAUGGAAUGAAAUCAAUUAUCUGUUAAAAAAAUUUGUUCAAUAUAAUUAUUUAUUACAAUAUUUUGAAUGUGGAUACUGAAUAUUUGAUUUGGUAUUUACAAUGAUAAUUGAAAAUUUUCUUU